AUGGAGGUACUCGCUCUUGGUCUUGCCUGGGCCUUGAACCACACGAUCCCGUCGCAGAAUAUUCUCAGUCGCUUCGGCCUGGCAUCUUUGACGGCCCAAAGCAGAGUAUCCUGGCCACAGCUCUCUGCACAGCUCUCGCCCAAUGCAUCAGUCGUGCUUCCCAACGAACCCAUUUUCGAUGAUUUCACAAGUAGAUGGCGCGAUUGGCAUGCGCCAGACGUAGGAGUCGUUGUAAAUGUCUUCACUGAGAACGAUAUUCAAGUCACAAUUCGUUAUGCCAAUGAGCAAGGGCUCCCUUUCCUUGCUAGAUCCGGGGGUCACGGUGCGACGGAGUCCCUUAGUCUGGCCAAGAACGUGGUGUCUAUCGACCUUCGCGGUAUGAGCCAGGUAAUCAUCGCUGAGAAUGGCGAGAUUGCUACGAUUGGAGGUGGAGCGAGUGUCAAGGAAGUUGUCAACACCUUAUGGGCAGCAGGCAAGCAAACAGUAACGGGAAUCUGUGAGUGCGUUGGUAUAUCUGCUCCAGUUCUAGGAGGCGGCCACGGAUGGCUUCAGGGCCAGCAUGGCCUAGCUUCGGACCAAGUCAUCUCAGCAAGAGUUGUUCUCCCCGAUGGAAAGCUCGUCACAGCGUCUGAUGAUGAGAACCCCGAUCUCUUCUGGGCUUUGAGGGGAGCCGGGCACAACUUUGGCAUCGUCACUGAAUGGCAGUACCGGGUCUACAAUGUCAAAAACACGAAGUGGUCUUACCAGAUUUUCAUCUACCUCGGGGACAAACUUGAGGAAGUCCUCAGUCUGACCAACGAGAUGAUGAAGACUCAGCCUGCAGAAGUCACGCACUGGAUGUAUUUCGUCAACAUCCCAGAGAUUGACCCCAAGCGGCCCAUAAUCUGGUACGCCAUUAUAUCAGACGACGCCUUGGAAAAGUCGACAGAAUACGCGAAGCCUCUCUAUGACAUUGAUCACAUCAACGUCGAAGCUGGUGUGGCACCUAUGCCAGAUUUGGCAGGCUUGACCUUCAUGAGCAGUGAUAGUGUCGGAUGCGCCAAAGGCUACACGGGCUUGAGAUACCCAAUCGGCCUCAAGACGUAUGAUUUGCCUGCAGUCCGGAGAGUCUUUGAUGACAUUGCCGACAUGUCAGACCGGAACCCAGAGUUUGCCGGGUCGUUCUUCCUCCUUGAAGGGUACUCGACUCACGGCGUUAAAGCCGUUGAUGAAAAGAGCUCAGCUUUCCCGCAUCGAGAUGAUGACAUUUUGGUAACAUCAUACAUUAUGUACAAGCCCAAUGCGUCUCUUGAUGCACUCGCUCAAGAGUACGGAGAGAAGCUUAGAGGGCAUCUACUUGACGCGAGCCAUGAGCCAGAGCAUCUGAGGGCCUAUGUGAACUAUGCCCAUGGAAUCGAAUCACUUGAGGCUGUUUAUGGAUGGGACGAGUGGAGACUAGAGAAGUUGAGAGAACUGAAGGCGAAAUGGGAUCCUCAAAAUCGCAUGAGGUUCUACAAUCCUAUAAUAUGA